AUGGCUGCCGUCACCACCAACGCCACCAUCACCACCUUCGGGGGCCGCCUCCUCAAGCUCACCCACCAGUCUGCCACGACCGGCACCCCCAUGAACUUCAACCUCUUCAUCCCCCCCGGCGCCUCCUCCUCCAAGCCCGCGCCCCUCCUCAUCUACCUGUCCGGCCUGACCUGCACCCCGGAGAACGUCACCGAGAAGGGCUUCCUGACCGCCCACGCAGGGCCCCUGGGCAUCGCCCUCCUCUACCCGGACACCUCCCCACGCGGCACCGACCUCCCCGGCGAGCACGACGCCUACGACUUCGGCAGCGGCGCUGGCUUCUACAUUGACGCCACCAAGGAGCCAUGGAGCAAGAACUACAAGAUGGAGUCUUACGUCUCCAAGGAGCUCCCCAGCGUCGUCUUCAAUGAGUUCAAGGAGAUCGACUCGAGCCGCGUCUCCAUCUCCGGCCACUCCAUGGGCGGGCACGGCGCCCUGACCCUGUACCUCAAGAACCCGGGCAAGUACAAGAGCGUGAGCGCCUGGGCGCCCAUCUCCAACCCCAUCAACGCGCCGUGGGGACAAAAGGCCUUCAGCGGGUACCUGGGCGAGGACAAGGAGGAGUGGAAGAAGCACGACGCCUCUGAGCUGGUCAAGGGCUGGAAGGGUCCCUUGAAUGCGCUCGUGGAUGUGGGUACCGGUGAUAACUUCUACAAGCAGUCUCAGCUGCUGCCCGAGAACCUUGAGAAGGCUGCCAAGGACGCUGGCGUCGGUGGCCUCGAGGUCCGCUAUCAGGAUGGCUACGAUCACUCCUACUUCUUCAUCUCCACCUUCGGAGCCGACCAUCUGAAGCAUCACGCCAAAUUUCUUCUGUAA